AUGUUUGAAGGACGAAUAAGAGAAUGGCCUGAUGGUCUAGUGCAAGUGAAAAAUGAUGAAAUAUUAUAUAAUGCUGUAAGCCCAUCAGAUGCACCUAAUCAAUCAAAAUUAUCAAAUAUUUCUUUAAGAAGUAUUAAUUUAAUACAACCUAUUGCUGAACAUGGUCAUUAUGAUAUGGAUAAAAUAGCUAAACUUGUUGUACGAUAUACAAAAAUAUUUGAUACAUUGGAACAAUCAUUUCCAACCCGGUUUCAUAAACCUGAUAUUGUUGUAUACAUUGUUUUAAUUAUGAUCUAG